AUGAACUUGCUAGAAGGCGCCGACAUUCCCUUGCACUGCAAUGUCUGCCCCAAGAAGCCAGACUUCUCCGACGUCAGCCAUCUCCUCACUCAUAUCCAGAGCAAAGGCCACCUCUCUGCACAGUACAAGGUGUCGGUGAAGGCCAAUCACGAUGCAGAGGCCAAGCAGCUCAUGGAGGACUACAAUGAGUGGUACCAGAAGUACAACUUGGACGACCUAAUGCACGAGCGGUUGAGCCAGAAGGAGAAGAAGAGUCGCUCCGGCAAUGGGGCUGCUCGCCGAAGUUCUGCGCCCAAGUCCAACUCGGCUCGCAGCACACCAUCCGCCAGCAACAACGCUGCUCGUCGGCAGAGCAGACUCCGCACACAGCAGCAUCUCCUUGAUCCUCAGCUCAAUCGUCGUCUUGUUACUGAUCCCUUGUCACGAUCCGUCACGCCUGCCAACGGCUUCAUUUACAAUCCCACCAACUUUCAGAACUUUGCACCACCACCACCGCUUCAGAACUGGGCCUUCGGCAGCUUGCACGACUCGCCGGUGUCCAACUCCAUCAAGCAAGAGAGUGUCGACAGUGAUUACGACGACUACGACGACGACGACGACGAAGAUUACGAGAUAAUGGCUCCCGUCACACGCGCUCGCCGUGUCCCCUACCCGAAGGUGAAGCGCCCGUCCAUGAGUGGUUCAAUCGCGUCCUACAUUAAGGAAGAGGACGCAGAAGAGGAGAACAACGCUAACAUCGCCCCUAAGGGCAUCCAGUGGCCUGGAAUGCUCCAGUUUGACUCUGCCACGCCUGAACAGAAGCGUCGCCGCAACCAGAAGAAGCAUGCAUCGGUCCUGAUUGGCCUCCAGCGUGCUAGUGAGAGAAUCACUCCCAUUGAGAUGGUGUUCGAUGAGGACGGCAUCCUUCGCAAGGAGCGUGAUGUCAACGUCCCAUUGUCUGACGACGACCUCAUCAGCGGCGAAUCAGCCCCAGAAGACGACGGUGGUCCAAAGCGCCUACGCAAGAAGAAGAGCACCGCUACUCGCGCCGCCCUCCGUAACAAGGACGCCAACAGUGGUCGCCUCACUCGCGGCCGCGUCAAUGCAGGCUACGGUCAGACUCUCAACGGCCCAUACUAUGGCGGCGGUUUCGGCGAUGUCGAUGAUGACGACCUCACCUACCGCGCACGUGGUACCAUCAAGCAAGAGAAGCGCUCCGGCAUCAGCAUCCACCGCGACAAUACCGGCCCAGAGAUCACGUUCGACCAGCCUUCCAACAUGAACUUCCUCACCUCUGGCUUCGGCUACUCGACCCGUCCGCCACCAGUCACCAAUGAGGUGCCAUACGGCGGUCAGCGCAUCCACUCUCGUCAGCCUUCGUGGGGUCAGAUGAACACCGGCUUCCGUCCAUCUUCCAGCGGCUACGGUACUGUCAACCCCAGCCCUGGCUACCAGAUCGGAGGUAUGAGCGGUGGUAUGGGCGGAUUCGGCAACGCCUUUGGUGCCAACGUGUCUGGUCAGGCCGGCAUGACCACUUCCAACCAGGCCAAUAGCUCUGGCAACAACUCCUUCAUCCCAAAUCCACUCUUCGGUGGUGGUGGUGGCAUGUGGGACAUGUUCGGCAAUGACAUGAUGCCCUUCAACUUCGGCGGCAAUGGCAGUGGUGGGGACAUGAGGGAUGGCACCUUCGCCAACCCCCUCUUCUUGAAGGAGGACAGCGAGGUGACCCUCUCCGCCCAAGGCAGUGAGAAGUAGGAUCAUCUCACAGAUAACAUACAAGCAUUGCAUAGCAGAUGGCAUCUGCUAACAUGUAAUGUAAUGCAUCGAGGGGAGAGAGAGCCGAGGGAGGCCGGCUCAGGUGAUCUUGGCACACUCUUGCAUGAGGCUCUCGUUUACUCCAGCGGAGAUAGCUUACGGAAUAUGACAAAAGAACUGCAUCCUUUUCUCCUUUUCCUUGUCUUAUUCGUGCUGUUCAAGUCGCAGGUAUAUGCUGUCGAGGAUGUCGAGUACGUCGAGUCGAUUUCUACGUGAGCAAUUCGCUGUUCACAUUUCUUGUCUUUUUCUCUAUGUCUCUCAUAUAGAUUGGUGGUUGUAUGGUCUCCGGCAUCCAGGCAUAGAUUGCUGUUGCAUCGCGUACUACGGAGAAGAACUAGAGUGAAGCUAAUGUGCGAGCAGGACAAAGCUCACUGCGCGCUUCCGAGUCCUCUCUGUCUCUCAUAUGGAUUGGUCAUUGUAUGGUCUCCAGCAUCCAGGCAUAGCUUGCUGUUAUAUCGUGUACCGCGGAGAACGACCGGACUGGAGGUAAUGUGCGAGUAGGAGAAAGUUCACCGCGCUCUCUUUUUUUCUUAUUUUUUCCCCCAAGUUGGUUGUCGUCGGGUCGAGUAUAUCGGGUCGAGUCGGUGUCUACGUGAGUGCAAUUCGGUGUUUAUAUCUUUUUUUUUCUUUUUUUUUCUUUUUCUUACACACACACACACUCUCUCUCUCUCUCUGUGUGUCUCCUCUAUAUGUAUUGGUUGGUGUGUGGGCUUCGGUAUCUGGGUUUAGAUUGCUGUUGCGUUGAGGACGACGGAGAAGAACCCGACUGGAGGUAAUGUGUGAGUAGGACGGAGUUCACUGCGCGGGCUUUCUUGAUAAGUUGGUUUCCGUGUAGAGAAGCGGGUCCAGGGUGUUUGAAAUCCAGGCAUGGCUUUCUAUUGCGUUAAGGACCAUGGAGAAGAACCAGGCUUAAGCUAGUUGUGAGCGGGACAAAGUUCACUGCGCGUGCUUUCUUCCGAGUUGGUCUUCAUGUUGGGAAGCGCAUCCAAGGUGGUCGGGAUCGAGGUAUAGGAUUCUAUAACCUCGCAAGUCCGCGGAGAAUUACCAGACAAGCUGACUUGUGAGCAGGAGAAGUUCACUGCGCGCUGUUUCUUUCUGGGUUGGUCUCCAUAUCGAGAAGUGCCUCUGAGGUCUUCAGAAUCCAGGUAUACUAUUCCAGUGCGUCGAAGUCCGCGGAGACGACGAGAACAGCUGAGUUGUGAACAGGACAAUUCUUACUUCCCCGUCUGAUUCUUUAGCUAGUUACGGGGAGAGAAGUGCAUCCAAGGUCUCCGGGAUCCACGUAUACUAUUCUGUUGUGCUGAAGUCCGCGGAACGACUAGCCGGGAGCUGAUUGUGAGCGGGACAAUUCUUACUUCCUUGUCUUAUUCCUCUU